AUGUCUCCCGAUCUCACUCAUGCGCCUGUCACCCUGCAUUCCGAUGGCACGCACCCCCACGAGACCGUUGCCUUGACGCUCCCAAGAUCUUCGGUCCCUAGAACCGCACGAAAUCAUCAGUUGAACAAUCCGCCUUCGCAUCGUCGAGCAAACACCGAAUAUAUCGCAAGGCCUCCACUGUUCGAACAGGGCAUCGACGGCACGAUAUCAAACCCAAAGAAUACCCCUUGGUCCGAAACCUUUCCGAAGAAGAAGCUUGAAGCAAGAGCCAGGGUCUUGUCAGAUUGGUUCCAGGGGAAAUCAGAUCCAGUCGAGUUGGGGCUUAAGAUGGGCCCAGGUGCUUCAGAUGGGACCGGAUUGGAUUCCCGCCCAGCUGCAUCCAUGUCACAUAUGAGGCAGAACUCGACCUUGACGAAUCGGUUUUCAUUCUUCGGCCUGCGGCGACAACCGAGCAAACCCAAUUUCCCAGAGCCAGCAGAUGAUGAGUUCUUGAACUUGGACAUCACUGCCGCUCUCAGACUACCCGAAACGGAUGAUACCAACGAUGAGGCACUGGAUUCCCUACGAGAUCAUGCGGACAAAGUGCUACGACGUAUGCAGGAGGCCUAUAAGCAACGCACUUUUGCCAUGCACCAGGCUUUGGCAGACAAGAACGAAAAGCAGGAGGAGCUAGAAGAGACUCGCGCCAGAGUUGACCACCUCAAGAUGCAGCUGGACGGCAUGGCUGCCAAAGUGCUCGAUCAGGAGAAAGCCAUGAAGGCCAUGGCCGAGGAACUAGAGGAAGAGAGAGAAAUGCGAAAGACCGAGGAAUCGCGCCAUCGCAGUCGUGCAAUUCGUACUGUGUAUCCGGAUGACGACGCAGCUUCCAUGGCGCUCCAAACUCCCCGGCGUGGAGGCAAGCGUGCUAGCCAUAGCACCUUCACCAGCGACUCGGGCUUCGAGUCUGGUGACGAGAGCAUCGCCGAAAGCAUCUUCUCGCUGCGUGAGGGCGUCGAAUCUCCGACCUCCGCUCUGACAGCGCCGUCUCCCAACAUGUCGCAGAUCGCCCUGUCUACGCCGACGGUCCCGACGCCAGCACAGAAGAAUCUAGUCGCGGCCACGAGUACACCACCACCUGUACGCUCGGCAUAUGAUCGGGUCUUGAAGGGUCUUGCCUCAACGCGUUUAGGUAGCUCCUUCGCUGGUGGUAACAGUAACGCGCCUAAUUGCACCAACUGCUAUGGCGUGCCCGCUUCCGAGGCCUGGAGCGUGAUGGGUGUUCUGCAAGAGGAGAACCGCGGCCUAAAGAAUCGACUGGGAGAGCUCGAGGUGAUCAUUGACGAUUGCCUGGGUCUUGUUGGGCCUUGA